UAUGGAACCUGGAAUUCGUGUUGAUAGUUCACUAAAUUCAUUUCUCGUUAAGAGUCAUCCUGCAGCUUUAAACUAUGAAGGAUUUCAAAUGAUAAACGCUAAUAAUUCUUUAUCGUCGUUAACACCAUCAUUAAAUAUGUUGCAAAUGAAUCAUAAUAAUCGAGAAAAAAUUAAAAAUCAACAUGUUUGUCAAUCAAUAUUUGAGAUUAUAUAUAAGACGGAGGAUAAUAUCUACAAGCGAGAUAAUCUUAUUUAUAUUGAUAAGGUUGAAAGUGGAAUCGAAAAACUAGCAGGCUAUAAUAGGUUUUGUUGGAAGAAGAAUGAUUUGGAUAGUGUAUGCGAAAAACCUUAUCGGGAUUCUGGAAUUAUGAACCCUGAUAUUUGGAAGAAAAAGUUAAAUUUCUCAUCGAAAUUUUGUGUUCUAUCGAUCUUUAUCUAUCGAGCAAUCUUUAAUGAGUACGAAAUCAGAAUUUUUAACGGAGUGGCUCUUUUUGUUAUUAUAGGAAUAGGAGUUGAUGAUGUUUUCAUCUUCAUUAAUACAUUUCAAUCAAAUAUUUCAAUUUCUAAUAAAGCAGAAAGACUUUUGAAAACUUUGAAAAGUGCUGGGAGGACAACUUUCUUCACUUCAUUUACAACAUCAGCAGCGUUUGCUGCUAAUAUGUCUUCACCAGUCCCAGCUGUUCGUGACUUUGGUCUAUUUAUGUCUAUUAUCGUAUCGAGUUGCUGGCUAGUUGUAGUUCUCAUAAUGCCGGCUGCUUUAAACCUACACGAUAGAUUUAAUUAUGAUAAAUUAAUGGAAAGCUGCGAAAAAAUUAGAUGCUGUGGAACAUCACUUUUUGCGGUUCCCGAAGAAUUUCAGCUUACAAUUAGAUCGAGUGAUAAUAAUCCCCCAAUUGUGGAUAAUAAGAAAAGAACUUCGCACGUAAAUCUCAUGCUUCAGUCCUUUAUCUACAGAUUUGUAGCUAAAAAUACUAUUAAAUAUUAUGGAAUAUGCUUUUUAAUCUUUUGCGCUAUUGGUGCUAUAUCGAUGUGUCUUAUGGUCCAUUUGAAAACGUCAUCGAAUCCCAUGAAAUUAUUCCAAGUACAGUCAAACGAACAGAAGCUACUAGAUAUUUAUUUCAAGCAACACUUUAACUCUCAAAAUUUUUCAAAAAGGAAUUUUUUAACGAAUGUGACCUUGGAGAAGUCAUUAGUAGUGCACUUGUACUUUGGAAUUAAAACAAUUAAGCGAAAGAAAAUGAAGCUAAAUAAUAGGGUUAAGGAGAAAACAGUUUUUUCUUUCGAUAAUGAAUUCCAAGAUAAAUUCAAGUUUUCUUCCCUUAAUACAUCUUUGAGGCUUAUUAAAGAAUUAUGCCUCAUUUGUAAUUACGUUCAUAAUCAUCCUCUAGUUUUAAAAAAUGGAGCUCAAUGCUACUUCAGCAAUUCUCAGCUAAAUCAUUUCGUUAGAACUUUGAGACGGGAUCUAGCGCAAAAACUUUAUGACUUUGACCAAGCUAUGGGCAAGAUAAACGAAUGUUGGAAAAUUCCGCCAAAUAAUUCUGAAUUAUUGCUUGUAGUUAUACUUACGACACUUUCAAUCAUAAGUUCUGUUAUUGGAAUUUUCUAUAUAGUUGGAUGGAGAAUUGGUAGAAUUGAAGCAGUCAGCUUAUCAAUCCUAUUCGCCUCUUCUGUAGAUUAUUGUAUGCAUAUUGCUGAAGCUUUUAACAGUUUGGAACAGUCGUUUACUCAUAGUAUCCUUCAUUCUCACGAUAGAAAAAGUUUAACAAAAUCGGCAAUGUAUUCUAUAGGUUCUUCAUUAUUUAGCUCUGCUAUUACAACAAUGAUGGCGGCCGUACCUUUAACUCAAGCUGAAAUUUAUCCAAUAUCUAAAUUUUCAAAGAUUAUUUUAAUAAAUACGGCAAUAGCUAUUAUAACAUCACUAACCCUCUGUCCGGCAUUUAUAUCUUACAUCACAAAAAUUGGCGGGAAUUCAAUUUGGAAGAGAACACUUAGUUUAGCGAUUUCUGCUAUAUG